AUGAACUGGUUUCACUGUAACCACUGUUUUGUGAGGGAAGGAAAAAAGUUCGCUGUGUCCACCUGUGGCCAUAUAUUUUGUGAGAACUGCGUGAAUUCAAGUCAGUGCAGAGUUUGUCAUGCCAGCUGUAACUACCUACACAUAUCUGAGCAGAUGAAGCCUCAGGAAAAGAUGUUUUUCAAAGAUCCAGUGAAGCUUGUUCAGACUCGACUGGAACAUAUUGCACAGAUUGCAAUUUUCCAGAAAAGGCAGAAGGAGCGCGUCAUCGCCUUCUUAAGAAGCAGGUCUGUGGAACUGGAGCGAAAGCUGAAAGAAGUCCGUGACCAGUGCUACAGGCAAGUGUCUGAGCUAAAACAGGAGAACGAAGAACUAAAGAAGCCGCUCUCUCAAAGGAGGACAUCUCCUGGGAGUCUUUCCAUUAACGGAGGAACUCCAAGGAUGAUUCUUCCUGUGGCUGUCACAUCACCAGUCACACCUCAUUCUAGAGCUGUCAGUUCGGGUGACACACUGGAGAGGUUUAGACAUUCCAGACCUGGCAUGACAACACCAACAGGGUCAUCCAUCUCCAUUUCAACCGUGAGCUCAGUACAAGACCGCAGUUUCAGGACACCCAGCUCAGUUAACACUCCCACAAGAUCCCAACAUACAACUCCAAACAACUUUCAUUUCCAGCUUCUGGCUAGACCCUACCUCCAGUCCCCAAGACCAUAACUAGUAGUUUUAUGUAUUAUCAUUAUAAUCUUCAAGUUAUUGGAAAGCCAUUUAUCAGUUGUACAUCACAUAAAAUCCAUUGCAGUGGGUAAAAUA